AUGCCUCUAAAAGUUCUUAUUUGUGGCGGAGGUGUUGCAGGUCCAGCCCUGGCUUACUGGCUCGCUCGACUGGGUCACCAUGUUGUUAUCGUCGAACGUUUUCCGGCACUGCGAGCAACAGGUGCCCAGAUCGACCUCCGCGGACAAGGAAUUGAGACUGUCAAGCGCAUGGGUCUCAUGGAUACUGUUCGCGGAAAGCUCGUUGACGAAGAAGGCGUCUCCGUCAUUGACAGCAGGGGAAAAGUCAAGGCGGCGUUUCUCGCUAAUAAAUCUGGAAAGGGUGCACAGUCUCUGACAUCCGAGUAUGAGAUCAUGCGUGGAGAUCUCGUGCGUAUAUUUCACGAAGCAACAAAAGACAAAGUCGAAUAUGUCUUUGGUAAAACGGUGGAUAGCUUCACAGAAAAUGAGCUAGGGGUAGUCGCGUACUUCUCUGACGGCUCUUCUGACACAUUUGAUCUGCUUGUUGGAGCAGAUGGACAAGGCUCGCAUGUCCGAAAAAAUAUACAACCCCCUGGUGCUCCAGAUGAAUAUCGCCAGCUCGGAGUACACAUGGCCUACUGGAUUGUCCCACGGACUGAAACAGACACCAAUAUGUCCAAGUCAUACAUCAUCCCGGGAGGCCGAAUGAUCAUGACCAGAAGCCACAGUAAAAGCGAAACCCAAGUAUGCUUCAUACUUAUAUCCGACUCGGAGGAACUACGGAAUAUGCCGAAGACUUCAGUUGAGGGGCAAAAGGACUUUUGGGCCAAAAGGUUUCACGAUGCAGGGUGGCAGACCGAUCGUUUUAUCAAGGGGAUGCACACUACAGAGAACUGGUUUUGUCAGAAUUGCGUCCAAAUCAAGACAGAUACCUGGCACUCUGGUCGGGUUGUCCUUCUCGGUGAUGCAGCACACUGCCCUUCUCCCCUGACUGGCCUGGGGACCACUAGCAGUCUAGUUGGGGCAUAUGUCCUGGCUGGAGAGCUUGCUCGCGGUGAAAAUUUGUCCCAGGCAUUGCAAAAUUACUCCAAAACAUUGCGACCAUUUAUCGAUGAGGUUCAGCAGGUCAACAUUUGGUGGAUCCGCAAGGCAGUCCCCACUUCGCAGUGGGGAAUCUCUAUUUUGCAUCUCAUUAUAGGACUGGCUUGUUUUCUUCGCAUACCCCAGCUCAUAUCACGUUUUUCAGAAGAUGGGGGUGGAGACUGGAAACUCCCUGAUUACCCGGAACUGGACGUCGAUCACACUAAACUUAAUGGGAACUAG